AUGCAAACCUAUUAGCCUCAAGAAUAGUUUUCAGAAGAAGAAAUUCUGAUCCUGAAUCACUUUAAAUAAUAGAUCAAAUAAGCCUUAGAUUAUAAAAAAUCCCUUGAUGAUAAAAUAGCUCUCUAAAUAACAAACAAUCAGGAAAAGGAAAAGAAUGAUCUAAUUGCAAUCAACUAACUUAAUCAGGAAAUAUAGUAGCUUAAUGUCUAGUUAGAAUAAAAAUAAGGGGUAAAGAGAGUUAAGGACUAGAAAUUUUAAAAUGCAUGUUAAGCAUGGCAAAAUUUAAAAUUAGCUAGGCAAAAAGUACAACAAGAAAUCUUCUAAUCAUUAAGGAUUUAGUAAGAUAAUGCAGCAUUGUAAACUAGAAAUUUAAGUAUCUUCUAAGAGAAAGAUCUAUUCAAAGGUGAGGAUAACCAAUAUCAGGAAUUUAUCAAGAUGAAAGAUGUUUCUAAAAAGUAACAAUUGAUAUAGAAUCUUUUUGCAAAAAAACUCAAUGUAUUGAAGGUGAAAAUACAGCUUGCAGAGAAGAGAUAAAAUCUGUUAGUUGCAUACAAAAAGAGACUUCAAACUAAAUCUUCUAAACUAGCAGAUAUCAGCAAUAUUAAAAAAGACUUAAUGAAGUUUCAGCUUGAAAUUAAAGAAGUGAAUUUUUAAUUCUAUGAUGAUUUACCAGCAGUAUAUUAAUAAGAUUUAAGAAACGUCAAAUCUAUUGAGAUAAGGAAUUAUGACAUACUUAAAAAGUGCUAAGCACUUGAUUAAAACAUAAAUGAAUAAUAAAUAAUGGUCUAGUAGCAUUCAUUGAAAUAGGAUAUGUAUUAGGAAUAGUGCGACAAAAUUUAAUUAGAAUCAAAUAUAAAUAAAGAGAGACUCACCUAAUUGGAAGCUCUUGAAGGUUAAGCAAAAAUAGCUAUGGAAAAAGCAAAAAUGUAUCAGUCAGCUCUUGCUGUCAAAGCAAAAGAAAUAGCUAGGAAAGAAGAUAAAAAGGAUGAGAUUCUAGCUAAGUAGUCAGGGAAGAAAGUUAAUCUCGAUUAACUUGAAUAAAGUUACAUGGUUCUUAUUUAAGGCAAACUGUAUGAGAUAGACAAAUUAUGCAACUAAUAGUUUGAAAUGGAUUUAAACUAGGAAUAGUAGAUUUAGUAAUAUGAAAAAAUGAUUGAGCUUAAAGAGAGUGAGCGAAUUAUUAAUAGCGAUUAGUUAGCAAUUGAUAGCACUCUUGAAGGCAGACUCCAGUAGCAACUUUAGCAAAAAAAGAAAGAGGGUCAAAUUACUUUGGAGAAAUCUAAUCAAGUUAGGGCUGACUACCAGAUUUACUAAGCUAAUCUCAAUAGUAAAAAAUAAAUGAUCUGGGGGCUAAAUGCUAUUGUCUAUUCUUUGAUCGGUGUCUUUCUUAUAUUGACCCUCUAUACUAGAGGAUAACACCAAAAGAAUUAAUUGAACUGA